AUGGCUGAUCGGAAGAAACCCAACCUUCUGUAUAUUAUGGCGGACCAGAUGGCAGCUCCGCUGCUUUCCCUCUAUGAUAAAAACUCUCCUAUCAAGACACCAAACCUUGAUCGUCUCGCCCGCGAAGGGGUCUGCUUCGAAUCUGCAUACUGCAACUCACCCCUUUGCGCCCCGUCCCGCUUCACCAUGGUGACCGGGCAGUUGCCAUCGAAGAUCGGAGGCUAUGAUAAUGCAAGUGACUUGUCGGCAGAUACCCCUACCUAUGCACAUUAUUUACGCAGACAAGGAUACCAUACUACACUCGCGGGGAAAAUGCAUUUCGCGGGCCCAGAUCAGCUGCAUGGAUAUGAGCAACGUUUGACGAGCGACAUAUAUCCAGGAGAUUAUGGAUGGACAGUUAAUUGGGAUGAGCCUGAAGUCCGCCCGGAUUGGUACCACGACAUGUCUUCCGUAAUGGAAGCUGGACCCUGCGUCCGCACCAACCAGCUUGAUUACGAUGACGAGGUGAUUUAUAAGUCAACCCAGUACCUGUAUGACCACGCUCGCCACCGGCGUGAACAGCCAUUUUGCCUAACGGUUUCCAUGACCCACCCUCAUGACCCAUAUGCCAUGACAAAGGAGUACUGGGACCUCUACGAGGAUGUAGCAAUCCCUCUUCCAAAAACCUCAGCGCUGCCACAUGACAAGCAAGACCCGCAUUCCCAGCGGGUACUAAGGUGUAUUGAUCUCUUCGGCAAAGAAAUCCCCGAAGAGCGCAUUGUGGCUGCACGCCGAGCAUACUUUGCGGCCUGCUCGUAUGUGGAUGCGCAAGUUGGAAAGUUGAUGGCGACCCUGAAGGCAUGCGAUUUUGCUGAUGAGACCAUCGUCGUUUUCACAGGCGACCAUGGUGACAUGCUUGGUGAACGCGGACUCUGGUAUAAGAUGGUAUGGUACGAGCAUGCAGCCCGAGUGCCAAUGUUUGUCCAUGCACCGGGCCGCUACAAGCCAAAGCGGGUCAAGGAAAAUGUCUCCACCAUGGAUUUACUCCCUACCUUUGUAGAGAUGACAGGUGGCGAAAUGAACAACGAUCUCCCUGUCGAUGGAGUCUCGUUAAUGCCUUACAUCCUCGACGAGAACUCACCCGAGGCUAUUUCUGGCGUGAAAACAGACACUGUCAUCGGCGAGUACAUGGCCGAAGGCACUCUUGCGCCUGUCGUCAUGAUCCGGCGGGGACCAUGGAAGUUCGUAUACUCGCCCAUAGACCCUCCAAUGCUCUAUAACGUGGAGAGCGACCCCUCGGAAUUAACCAAUCUUGCGACUGGUGUCGAAAUACCAACUCGACCCCAUCUCACACGAAACGAGUAUCUUACCGCUACAUCAACAAUGCCACAACAAGGGAAGCCGCUCCAGACAGGCCCUGCAGCACCGCCCACGCCCUCCGUCUCACCGCCACCAGGCACUCUCACUCCCAACGUCCCCGUCUUCUCCAACAACAAGUUCAAUGCAACACAGAUCCUGACCCCCCCGCGAACCCCGACACCAACCGCCGCUUCUGCUAGCACGCUCACCAGCCCAUCUCAAACUGACAUCGGAAACCUCCUCUCCGCAUUCAUCUCUGAAGCGCAUUCACGCUGGGACUUCCAGGCGCUGCAGUCGCAAGUCCUGCAUUCGCAGCGGCGCAGACGCCUUGUGUACUCGGCCUUGGUGAAAGGGCAGUUCACGUCAUGGGAUUACUCACCCGUCACCGAUGGCAGUGCACAGUUUAUCCGCAACCAUGGCAAGGGGGCAUUAGGGGAUGUCGAGCUUCUCAGCAGGUACCCAAGGGUUAUGCAGUGGGGUGGAAACGGGGGUCGGAAAGGCGUUUAG